AUGGCGGAGAGCAAUAGCAGUGGUUUUGUGCAGUCGGCCAUUCCCAAAUUUGACGGACAUUGCGAUCAUUGGGCAAUGUUGAUGGAGAACUUUCUCCAUUCCAAGGAAUAUUGGGAUCUCGUAGAGAAUGGGAUUUCGGUGAUGGUGACACAAUCUGUCUCUAUAAGGGUGGAAACAAAACAAGAAAAAGCACAAUGCAAAUUGGUCGAGGGGCAGAAGCUGAAGGACUUAAAGGUAAAGAAUUACCUUUUUCAAGCUAUAGAUCGGAAUAUCAUGGAGACUAUACUCGACAGAGACACAUCAAAGAGUAUUUGGGACUCCAUGAAACAUAAAUACCAAGGCUCUACCAAGGUGAAGAGGGCACAGUUGCAAGCACUUUGGAGGGACUUUGAGACUCUCCACACGAAGGAGGGAGAGACUCUUGAUAAUUUCUUUGCUCGUACUCUCACUAUAGCCAACAAAAUGAAGGCUCAUGGUGAGACAAUGAGCCAAACCAUCAUCAAUGAGAAAGUUUUGAGGUCCAUGACUUCAAAAUUUGAUUAUGUGGUUUGCUCCAUUGAAGAGUCCAAUGAUUUGAACACACUGACCAUUGACGAGCUGCAGAGCAGUUUGUUGGUCCAUGAACAAAGAAUGAAUGGCCAUCAAGGAGAGGAGCAAGCUCUCAAGGUCACUCAUGAAGACAACACUAGCAGAGGAAGGGGUCAAAGGACGUUCAGAGGAAGAGGAAGAGGUCAUGGCAGACAACCGUUCAACAAGGCCACUAUCUAG